AACUGCGUUUAGCUUGCCUGGGGAAAAAGAUGAGGAAGAAGACAGCACUGACGUAUGUUGGAAACAAACCAGGAAAAAGUGUGAGCUGAAAGACAAUCCAGGGAGAGCAGCAGCUGUCACGGAGAUAUAAAUCCAGCCUGACACCCAUCUCUAUGCCACCAUGUUGUCCGAGGGCGGCUCUUUCAUCAAGGGGGUGGUUUUGGGAGGCCUCUUCUGCUUGGUGGUGUCCCUCCUGAGUAGUUUCAGCUCCGUUACAGAGUCAAACACAGACGACCACCACCAUCAUCACGUCAAGGCUGCAAGUAAAGACGAGCUUAAGCAUUUCUCUGACGGUCAGCUGCUGGAGUUGAACAAUCGCAUUCAGGUCUAUUGCAUUAUCAUGGUUCAGCCCAAAAACCUGGUUUACUGGGCUACUACUCUGGACACCUGGAGUAAACACUGUGACAAGCCUGUUUUUUACACUUCAGAGGCCUCAAAGGCACUCGAAGCGAUUGACCUGAAUGAAAAGGAUGACUGGAGCAGGCUGCGUAAAGCUCUGAUGCACGCUUACAAGAAUGCAGGGGACCUACGCUGGUUCUUUUUGGCACAGCCGACUACAUUUGCCAUCAUUGAGAAUCUGAAGUAUCUUGUGCUUACAAAGGAUCCAGAGGAACCGUUCUACCUGGGCAGGGCUGUGAAGUCUGGGGAGCUUGAAUAUGUGGAGUACGAUGGUGGAAUUGUUCUAAGCUAUGAAGCUCUGAAAAGGCUGGUGCAGGUGUUCCAGGAUGAGGAGAAAUGUCCGGAAAAGGGACGUGCUUUGUGGAAGCUGAGUGAAGACAAGCAGCUGGCCGUAUGUCUUAAAUAUACAGGCGUGUUUGCUGAGAACGGAGAAGACGCCAAUGGAAAGGGCCUGUUCAAUACUAAGAGUGUGGACAGCUUGAUACAGGACAGCAUGAGGGACAAUCCCACAGAUGUCGUUGAGGGCUGCUGCUCCGACUUGGCUGUCACGUUUAAUGGGAUGUCCCCAAAUCAAAUGCAGGUCAUGAUGUUUGGAGUUUACAGACUUCGACCUUACGGGCACGACUUCCAUGACUUAUUAACAUUUUACCCCCCUGAAGGUUCAGACAAUGACUAGCUGUGUUAAUUCAAGCCAGGUGUGGCAUUUAAAUUUUUUGCUUCUAUGAUGGCAAACUUUACUUUGGGGGUAAUUUUUUUUUCCUAAUGUUGUUCGUAAAACUGGAUUUGAGCAGAAAUAAUGCUUGGAUGUAUAUUUGUACCUUUUGCACUUGACAUAACCAGCACCGGAUUGUUUGUGCUGCUGAUGGGUAAACUGUAGUUUGGUGUCCAGACAGAGCUAGGAAACGGGCUACUCUUGUGACAUGAGACCCGUAUUGAUUCAGGUUUGGUGACGGAGGUUUUUUUAAUAUUCUAAAUGUGUUUUUGUGGUCCUAAAGCUACAAGAAUUGUGUUAAUGUUUUAAAAAUGUGGCCCGUUUCACCACAUUAAUAACUCGAGUCUCCGAUUUAAAGAUUGGACUGGAACCAGGCGUCUGAUGACACAGGGAAGCUCCAGCUGUGCUGCUUUUUUAAGUCUUGUUUGCUUUUCUACGCUCAUGAAGAACUGGCUGUGCACCUACUUAUUUAAACGAAAACAAUUUGAGACGAUGCAUCCUCUUAAGAAGUUUUACAAAUUCUAUCUUUAGUUGUUCAGGUAUAUGUUUCAACAGUGGAUGAUGUAAGUUAUGGCUUUGUAGAUUGGUUUGUUUUCCUCUCCAAAUGAGACACUAUUUGAAUUAAAACACAAAGAAGGUUGUUAUACUUGUGAAUUUUUAUCUGACAGUUAAUUGUGUUCAAAUGUUAGUGAAUAAAGGUUUCUUUCUCUA